CUCAGCGCGUGACGUUAGAGCGCGCUCCUCCUGGCUCUGGUGAGCAGUGGCAGCGGAGGAUGAGGAGUAGGUGAAGCGACAAGCUGGGCGGACAGCUGCUUUUCUGUGGCACAGCCAUGCUCAGUCUACUGCGCCCCCUUCAGGCCGCCUGCAUAUACCUGCUGCUGCUGCUGCUACCGGGCGGUCAGGGCAGGAUUGCCGGCUACACAAACGGCUUUCACUACCAGGACAUCAGCAACGGAAAUGGAAAUGGAGAGAUCUAUUUUAAUGGGAUUCGUCUCCACGUGGAAUCCCCUCAGGCUUCAGUGUCGGCCACUAGGGGGAGCACUGCCACCCUUCCCUGUCACUACCACUAUGAGCCUGAACUGACCACACCACGCAAGACUCGCGUGAAAUGGUCCUGGUUGCCAGCUAACACCGUCACUACACAUGUUUCCCCUGAAGCCUUCCUCAAGGAGACUGAGGUUAUGGUUGCCAUGGGCAACCGCCAUCGCAGCUACGGCAGCUUCCGCGGGCGCGUGCGACUGCGACGCUCAGCACCAGGGGACUUGUCUCUGGUCAUCAACGAGUUACAGCUCAACGACACAGGAAGAUAUCGCUGCGAGGUGAUUGAUGGCCUGGAGGAUGAGAGUGUGACAGUGGAUCUGGAGCUGCGGGGUGUGGUGUUUCCUUACCACUCUCAGAAAGGACGCUACCAUUUUAACUUCUUCGGAGCCCAACAAGCAUGCCAGGAUCAAGAGGCUACUUUGGCUACAUUUGAGCAGCUCUUCACAGCAUGGGAGGAGGGUUUAGACUGGUGUAAUGCUGGCUGGUUGGCUGAUGGCACAGUACAGUAUCCAAUCACAGCCCCACGUGAUGGCUGCGGGGGUGAGAACUUAGCUGCUGGUCUACGCAGCUAUGGACAACGAGAUCGCAUCCUUCACCGAUACGAUGCUUUCUGCUUCGCAGCAUCUGUCAAGGGGACUGUUUAUUUCUUAGAGCACCUGACCAAGCUCAACUUCACUGAAGCGAUCGAGGCUUGUGCCAGUGAUGGAGGUCAGAUUGCCAAAGUGGGCCAGCUGUACGCUGCAUGGAGGCUGAUGGGAUUGGACCGUUGUGUUGCAGGCUGGUUGGCUGAUGGAAGUGUCCGUUAUCCUGUCACAAAAGCCCGGAGCAACUGUGGUCCAUCACAGCCAGGUGUGCGUAGUUUUGGGUUCCCCUCUCCGCACCUGAAAUUCGGCGUCUACUGUUAUCGGUAGAUGCUCUGACUCAACGUGGGACAAAACAAACCAUACUAACAAUGAAGCAGUUUAAAGCUCUGCUUGAGAAGUUAGCAUUAGGUGUAGCCUGGAUGCAAAUUAGCAGUUAGCCGGUUUGUUCCUUUCUGAGCUAUUUUAAAGUGAUGACAUUGGAUUAAUUUCUCUCCAUCUCCAAUAGACCAAUGACACAGUAAUCAACUUAAACAUGAAGCAACUUUUGAACCAUCCAUCAUACCAGCAUGUCAUUGUUAAACAUAGAAAUCCAAAAUGAUGGGCAUUAUUAUGCUGCUUUAAGAACAUUCACUCUUCCAAAAGCUUUAAACCAGACCUGUCACCAUCCUUUGUACAGGCACUUGCUCCCAUUUGUUAAACAACAGAGAGCCACAGAUGUUUGGUGACAUGUCUUUGCUCAGACUUGGGGUUCCAGUUCAUCUCAAAGGUGUUAGUUGGGUUAUCACUGUCCCGAGGCUCACCCAUCAAGUGUCCAAGGCUGGGAGGUUGGGUAAAACAAGUCCAUGUGUACACGUAUGAUUAGAGUUAGAGGCACCAUUUAUUUGGCCUGUGGACACUAACCUUAACCAUAAACUCAGCCUGACACCAAACAACAUGAAAGUACAUAGACAACUAAAUACAGUGUAUGUCACAACAGCAAAAUCCUGCAGUAAAAGGCACCAGGCCAUCAUUUAUUCCUGGAAUUAAGUUAUUUGUGCUGUCGAUUUCCAUCGUUGAUCAUUUAACUUUAGGCUCUUUGCCGCUGUUUUGAAAUUUGUUUUUUUGAUUUUGAAGCCCCACCAACACUGAUUAUGAUUCACAUAUGAUUCACUUCAAGCUCAGGGAAGGUGUUUAGACUCAGAACAGUCCUGUUCCAGUUCAGUUUAUAUGACCACUUUCCAAUUGUAGCUCUACUUUUUCAGCCAAAUCAUUUUAGAGUUUCCACCAAAACAAUUAAAAAAUCUUGACAUUUGAAGGAGUGGAGAUUUUUUUUCUUUUUUUUCCUCUCAGAUCUGUUCAGUUGGGCCACAGUGUUUUUGUCUCAUGCUGGCUGUUUGCACCACAGGCUCCUUGUGUCUUUCCAAUGUGAAAUAUACUGCAUAUUUCAUUUUACACAAAUAUAAUGUGUUUCUUUUUAUUUUUAAGGGCUGAUUAAGAAUAGUGUUCUCUGAUGGAGGAGGAAGUUGUGAUUCUCAGUAUCGGCAUAAUAUUUAAACUUCCAAUGUACCUUUUUAGUUUUUCAUUAUGUCUGUGCAUUUGUACUAUUUUC